AUGACAUCAAGACUUAAGCAGCAAUACUCAGGUUGGCUAAUAAUAAAAGUUGAAGAGAAGAAGAUACCUAUAGAAAUAAAAGAAGAUAUAAUAAAAGAUCUUAGUUCUUUUGUAACAGAGAGACUUUAG